CACUGGUGACGUGCGCUCCACCACAGCGCGACGGUCUCGAAUACAAGCCCUAUUCUAGCUCAACGAACUGUGUCGAAAACUUGGGUUAUAGUGCGCGAGAAAAAUCGAUUGACUCACGGAUGUUUUGUCAAGAAAGAUUGUUGAUGGAUUAAAAUCAACUUCGGGAACGUCAUUCGAAAAGUAAUCACAGUUCGAUCUGGGAUAUCCACGCCGUCUCCUCACUUUUUCGAGCUCUCUCAAUUCGCCAGCCACUUAUUCAUGUUCGGUCAAACACCCUGGCCUGACCAAUCUCAUCGAGUUUACGCUAGCUGCUUGCUCUGGAUGUGGUAAUAGUGGAAUAUAUAUAUAUUUCUCGAAGUUAGAACUAAUAUCAUUACUAUGAAAUCUGAUUGCUGAUAUUCACAUUUGGACAAUAUGGGAUGCACGGAAUCUAUCAUUUCGGAAAUUGUUGCAAAAUCGAAUGUUAACGCACAGAAAGGCAACAUCAACCAAGCAAAAGUUCAACCGGCUCCACUUCUCGGUCGUGAUGAAGCAAGAGAUAGAAGACGGAAAGCUCUUAUGGAGAGACAUGCUAAGAAACAGGCGAUGGCACAGACAAUAUCUGACAAUGCGAUGGCAGAGAAAGAGCGUUUAUCAAAUAGUACCUGGAGGUCGUGGAGGUCAGGGGUCAAUAGUGACGUCAUCUCACCCGCUGUCUCCAUCUCAGUCCGAGGAUCGGAUGGGACCGGUAGCCCAGAUGCGCUUCCCGACCCUGCCAUGGCCUAUGUCUACUCAGAGGAAACGAAGCCGUCAUCUCCGAAUGAAGACGAUAUCAAUGCAAAUCAUAUGCAAAUAAGGACUAUGGAAUUACCCAAUCAGAUCACAGAAGGAACCGAGGGGACAUCCAAUCAGGAUGAAGAGCGGCUCAUUAAUGAGAGAUUGAGUGGAACUGAAGAAAAGAAAAUGGCGGAAAAAGAGGGUGGAACUGUUAAGGUUGAAUAUACACUUCUGGAGGAACAGGAUUCAACGCAAGAGAUACCGUUGAAUGGAAAUGUGCCGAAAGGAAGUAGAAAAGAUUCCAAAGACAGUGUUAUUCCAUUGGACAAUCAGAAGGAAUUGAUGGAGAAAGAGAAGAAGAGGAAACGAAGAGGGAAACAGAAGGCUGUGAAAUUCAGCGAUCAAAAUCUCGGAGAUGACGAUCGAGAAGAGAGUGGUCAGAAGACAAGUAAAGGGAGAUAGCAAAUGGCUAUUCAAUGACUAAACAUUGUAUAUUACUUACUGAUUGCCUGAUCAAAUCAGGGAAUGAUCUCUGUGGUCAAUAUCUUGCAGAUGAGUCUUAAGUAGAGAGAGGUCAGAAAACGAGUAAAAAGAUCGUCAACGGCUAUUCAAUGACUGAAACAUUGUAUAUUGAUAUCUAAAUUAUUAUAUUGCCAUCCCACCGCUGCCACCUAAUCAAUUAAAAACCGAUUAUUUACAAGAUAGAAAUCCAGUCGGGAUGUUUUCAUGGGGCCUGGUGGGUGCUUCAUAAUGCUGUUCGUAAGAUAAGAACGACUUUAAGAACGACUGGUGAUCCUUUCUUGUGGAAAAUUGUAUAUCAUUGGCGAUGGUUAAGCGCAUAAGAAAGUUUCACCAGUCGUCCUUAAAGUCGCUCUUAACUUACGAACAGCUUACGAAACACCCACCUGAUAGCAAUAUAAACUUUGAUCACAAGUGGUCAAGUACUUAAAGAACAAGAUAAUACCACACAAGGUAAGAUUAGAGAAAACAAAAUUUUUCAGAAGUUAAAGAUAUUAAGAAAAGGAGAACGAAGAAUCAUUACAGGGUUAGAAAUCCUCUUAAAUAAUCAUUCAGAAUAAAAUUUCUAUCAUAUCCGAAUUUUCAUAAUAAAAUAAUUACAUAGAAAACAAAUCUUUCUUGUGUUUUUUCCCAUAACAAAAAAUAGGACGAACAUGAUUAAAAACAUGUAUGCCAUUUGAGCUCUUUCCUUCAUCAUUUACACCCCUUGAAUGGAUGACCCUCUUAUAAAAAAAAAAUUUGUCGAUUCUUAUUCCAAGAAAUAGUGAAACAUUAUGGAAGUAGUGUGUCUUUACAGAAUUAGUUAAGGGAACAAAGUCCACUAUUGUGUUUAUUGAACAAAUAAACUGUUUUCUAAUGAAAUUUGAAUGAGUAGUAUUUCUAUGUAUACAUCUGACCAUGUUAGACUUUUAAAUACGUUCUGUAAUUUGAAUCUGGAAUGUCACAUUGAAAUAUUAAAAGCCUUAAUUGUCCCGUUCUUUGGUGGACAUUGUUAACGGA